UCUUUUGAUUUGUGAAGUGGCAGCGGCACCUGUUUAAACUCAGCACGUGGUUGCUUCUCGAUUAAAAUUAAAGAAACAAUGUCGGUACCGAAUUGGGAAAUGUUUGAUAAACGAGCAACCGCAGCGGAAAAAGAGAUAGUCUAUUUAAAGGAACAAAUCCAAUGGUUGCAUCAAAAUAUCACGAAUAAUACUUCGCAGACCGUUCCCGAUGUAAAUAAGGAAGAGUUUGAGAAAUUACAACAAGAGAAUAUUAAGCUGAAGCACAGAAUAGCAAUACUUACAAGGACUAUAGAAGCAGAAAGAAAUAAGGCAUCAGCAAUGUCUAAUACAUCUCAAAGCAAUAUAAUCAGUAUAAAUGAUACUCUUUGUGAAAUCUUUCGGAAGGCUAUCACUGCUGCUUAUCCUGAUGUAUUAAAUCCACCAGUGAUAGUAACUACCAGCAAUAAUCCCAAAUUUGGGGAUUACCAAUGUAAUAGUGCUAUGCCUUUAGCACAACAAUUAAGUAGUUCUGGUAAUAAAGUAAUUCCACGUAAUAUUGCUAACAACAUUAUGUCCAAGCUGGAAGAAUCCCCUCUUGUCGAUAAAUAUGAAAUAGCUGGUGCAGGAUUUAUAAAUAUAUACUUAAAACGUGAUUUUGGACAACUUGUCUUAAGCAAUUGGUUAAAGAUUGGUGAGGUACUUCCACCAUAUGUCAAGAAGAAAAGAGUAAUUGUGGAUUUUUCCAGUCCCAACAUUGCCAAAGAAAUGCAUGUGGGACACUUAAGAUCUACUAUAAUUGGAGACAGUAUUUCAAGGCUAUUAGAAUAUUUAGGACAUGAUGUAUUAAGACUCAAUCAUAUAGGUGACUGGGGUACGCAGUUCGGUAUGUUAAUAGCACAUCUUCAAGAUAAAUUUCCCAAUUACUCAACUGUUACUCCUGCAAUUCAAGAUCUUCAGGCCUUUUAUAAAGAAUCUAAAAUUAGAUUUGAUUCGGAUGAAGAAUUCAAGAAACGUGCAUACGAAUGCGUCGUUAAAUUACAGGCUUUUGAACCCAAUAUAACAAAAGGAUGGAAAAUGAUAUGUGAUGUAUCUAGAAAAGAAUUUGAGAAACUAUAUACUCGACUAGACAUCAAAUUAAUAGAAAGAGGUGAAUCGUUUUAUCAAAAGCGUAUGGAAUUAAUAGUCAAAGAAUUAGAAUCAAAAAAUUUACUAGAAGAAGAUAAUGGACGAAAGGUAAUGUGGGGAGAAAAACAUGGUGUUGGAAUACCUUUAAUUAUAGUAAAAUCUGAUGGUGGUUUUACAUAUGAUACAUCAGACAUGGCUGCUAUUAAACAACGUAUUGAGGAAGAAAGGGCAGAUUGGUUGAUAUAUGUGACAGAUGCUGGCCAAUCUUUGCAUUUUCAAAUGUUAGAAAGUUGUGCUAAAAAAGCAGGUAUCUUAAAAAGUUUCCACAGGGUGCAUCAUGUCGGUUUUGGUGUUGUCUUAGGUGAAGAUAAGAAGAAAUUUAAAACACGGUCUGGUGAGACUGUAAAACUUAUCGAGUUAUUAGAUGAAGGUUUAAAGAGGACAUUGCAAAAAUUGAAAGAAAAAGAACGCGACAAAGUAUUGUCAGAAGAAGAAUUGAAAGCGGCUCAAGAAUCUGUGGCAUAUGGUUGCAUAAAAUAUGCUGAUUUGUUGCAUAAUAGAAAUCAUGAAUAUGUAUUUUCAUUUGACAAAAUGUUAGAAGAUAAAGGCAAUACGGCCGUAUAUAUAUUGUAUGCUCUAACUCGAAUUCGUUCUAUCGCUAGGAUGGCGAAAAUUACGCAAGAUGAAUUGCGGAAACAUGCGCGUGAUAUUCCAAUUUCAUUGGAACACGAAAAAGAAUGGAAACUAGCCAAAGUAUUACUAAAGUUUCCUGAUUUACUUCUUGACAUUAGUAAAGAUAUGUACUUGCAUUCAUUAUGCGAAUUUUGUUACGAUAUUUCAUGUGCAUUUACAGAGUUUUAUGAUAAAUGCUAUUGUAUAGAGAAGAAUCAAGCUGGUGAAAUUGUAAAAGUACAUAUAGGACGUCUUUUGCUCACAGAAGCUACGGCAAUGGUUUUGGAGAAAUGCUUUACUUUGUUAGGUUUAAAACCUGUUGCACGAAUGUAAAGAGAUACUAAAAAUCAUACGUACUUUUACUUUUUAAUUACAUAAAGU